UUAAUUACAAGAGCAUAGACUGUAUUAGUAUUUGUAUUAUUUUUUAUUUUUAGGAUGGCGGGAGCUCCUAUUUUUAUGUGAGGCUAUGAGAAGUCUGUUAUGUUGGUUGCACGUUCUCCUAGUAGAUAUUUAUCAAAUUAUUUUACAGGAUCAAGAGAUUGAUCAAGAGCUCGAACUGCUUGUGCUUGCAAGUGAUGGACUUUGGGAUGUUGUGCCCAAUGAGGAUGCUAUCUCACUUGCACAAAUAGAAGAUGAACCCAAAGCAGCAGCACGGAAGUUGACAGAAACGGCUUUCACCCGUGGCAGUGCAGACAAUAUUACUUGUAUUGUUGUAAGGUUUCAUCAUGAGACAACAGUACCUGAGGAAACCCAUCAAUCUUUUGAAGCAAACUAUGAGGAAACCCAGCAAACUUCCAAAUCAAACACGAAGGAAACCCUCCAUACUUCGGAAAGUCAGCAAACUUUCAAAGCAAGCACAGGGGAAACCACAAAAAUUCACGAGCCGAAUCCUACCCUCCACACCUCCAAAGCAAACUCUGAGGAAACCCAGCAAACUUUCGAAGCAAACACUAAGGAAACCCAGCAAACCUCUGAAGAGAACUCUGGGGAAACCUCAAAAAAUCAAGUGUCAAAUCCCGAUGAAUCCCAACAAAGUUGAUGAAUGUGUUGCCAUUGUAUUUGCAGUUUAUGUAGGUGCCAUUAUGCUGAUGAUCACAUUGAAGGGAUGAUGUUUGUUCAUUCAUUUGAUUGUUUCUUUGUAAUUUGUCUUGUACGGUUAAAUUUCAGUGCAUCAUACUGAUAAAGACAUCGUCUGGGUAAAUUUUAUGGGUGGUCUAAUAUAAUGAGAAAUGACUAUCCUGCUCUUUUCAAUUUCCCUUA